UUUUUUUUUAAGUUCAGAAUUUUAAUUUGGUAUUUAUACAUUUCUCUUUUAUAAUUUUUUUUAUCUAACUUAAUGUCUCAUUAGUUUUUUUAAACAAUUUUGAAAACAGAUUUAAUAUUUUGAGAAAUAAAAGAAGACAUUCGGAAAGCGGUAUAGAACAUUCUGAUAUCGUCAUCAGUUAGUUUUUAUCAAUUUGAAUUUGUUUUAAGUAAUUAAUAGAGGUUCAAUGUCAAAAUUUAGUGUAUGGCGGAAGCGGAAAUACAUCAUUAUGUAGAAUAGUAGCAACAAACAAUGUAAAUUGCAUUUGCCAGCACUAAUACAUCAUUGUUCAUCAUAACUUGCAUGUUAUUAAGGUAAAACAAAAAACACUAUUUAAAUGAGAAGAAAAAAACACAUUAACAUAAGAAAUUAAUCAAGAGAAGAAAGAACAAUAAAAAAAAAGAUGGAGAUGGCAAAUUAUGCAUGUUAUAAUGUAUCAUUUAGUCCUUCAAAUAAUAUCUGGAUGGCUGAUGAUAUUAUGAUAAAACGCGUUCCUCUUUUGUGUCUCCAAAUUGCUUAUGAUAUUUUGGUUUCUCGGCUUUUCUACUUCGUCCUCAAGUCCCUUCGCGUGCCCCUCAUUAUUGCGCAGGUGUUAGUAAGUAUUCAUUCAUCAUAUAUUUCUUUCUUUCUUUUGUCAGUAAAUUUGAAUCAUCAAUACACAUGAUAGUUAGUCACAUUGAAUUUUCAACAUAAAAACAUAUAAAAGUUCAUACGUUAAGAUUGCGUUGCAUAAAUGAGAGAUAAAAAAUAUAAUAAUUUUUGAACUUUAUAUAAUGUAAGCUGGUUUUACUCUGAGUCCAAGUCUGUUGGGAAAUUUCGAAUGGAUAUUUUCCUUGUUUUACAGUCAAUAUGGAAUCCUAGCCGUUGAAACCUUUGCAAACUUAGGAAUAAUGUACUAUGUGUUCCUAAGUGGAUUAGAAAUGAAUUCAGACACCAUCUUAAGAUCAAGGAAGAAAGGUACAAGCAUAACAAUUUCCGACAUUGUGACGCCAAUGUUAUUUGGUAUUGGAUUUCUAGCUCUACAACAAAAAUUUAUAGAUAAAAAUGAUGUUUUUGCACAAACACCAAAAGAAAAUCAAGGCGAAGCAUAUUUAUUCUAGUGUUUAGGACUUUUUGUAACAGGUUUCCCUGUCCUUGCAAGAAUCUUAGCUAAUCUUAAACUUUUAUAUACAAAGCUUGGAAAAGAUACAUUGAGAGCAGCUAUGUUAACCGACGCAUAUGGUUGGGUUAUGUUCACCUUGUUGAUUCCUUAUUCGACUAGAGGUGGAAAGUCUUAUCUCCCAGUAAUCUCUACUUUGAUGUUCAUAGUUUUUUGCUUUGCUGUGGUGAGACCUAUCCUUACUCCAAUCAUUGAACACAUAACAAGUAUGAACACGUGGCAAAAAUCACACUUGUUGGACGUGUUGACGAGAGUGUUUAUUUGUUCGUACAUUACAAAUUCUCUCGGUACAUAUCCUAUUGUUGGAGCUUUUGUGUUUGGAUUAAUUUUGCCUCAUGGAAAGUUUGCUGAUAUGGUUUUGGAAUUGUCGGCCGAUUUUGUUUCUGAGAUUCUGUGUCCUGUUUACUUUGUUGGAUUUGGUUUUAGACUCAAGUUGUCUUUCCUUUUUAAGCAAAAGAAUGCAGGUUUAAUGUUGUUGAUUACACUUUUGUUAUGCACACCUAAAUUUUUGAGCUCUGUGAUUGUCACUUUCUUCUUCGGUAUGCCUGCCCGAGAUGGAGUUGCCAUUGGAUUGCUUCUCAACACCAAGGGUAUCGUGCUUGUCAUACUACUGAAUGUUGCUUGGGACAAAAGGAGUUUGGAUCCAUAUACUUUUAUGGUUAUGAUGCUUGCUAUUAUAGUAAUGACUAUAAUGGUUUCUCCCUUGAUCAAUGCAAUAUACAACCCAAAAUUCCGAUUCAUGCCAUUGCAAUUAAGGACCGUGCAAAAACUGAUGUUCGAUGUGGAGCUUCGAAUCGUCGCUUGUGUCCACAAUGCUAAACAUGCCAAUAACAUGAUCCAUGUCAUUGAAGCCACAAAUGCUACGAGACUUUCACUUAUACAUGUCUCUGUAGCUCACUUAGUUCAACUCACUAAACAUGGCACAACUAUUCUUGUUUCCCAAAUGGAUAAUUCAAACGGCACGGUUGGUGGCGCAGAAACAACCAACUAUGGAUCACAAUUAGUGUUUGAGAGCAUAACUAACACAUUUGAAGAACUCGUAGAACAAUACAAUGCGGUUAGGUUUGACAUAUCAAGUGUUGUCUCGUCCUACACAACUAUCCAUGAGGACAUUUACAACGUUGCCGAAGAGAAAUGCGCCAGCCUAAUUCUCCUCCCCUUUCACAAAGAGCACUUAAUAAUAGAAGAUGCUCCGAAAAUAAUCCACAAUGAACAUUGUGAGAUAAACAAAAAUGUUCUACAACAAGCACCUUGUUCAGUAGGGAUCUUUGUGGAUCGAGGUUUAGGAUCAUUGUUAGAAACAAAACAGCGCAUUAUAAUGAUUUUCAUCGGUGGACCUGACGACCGUGAAGCCUUGUCUAUUGCAUGGAGAAUGGCGGGGCAUCCAGGAACACAAUUACAUGUUGUGACGAUCAAUCUGUUAGGUAAGGACGCAGAAGAAACAAAAUUGAAAAUGGAAAAAAGUAAGUCUCGUCACGGAAUAUUGUCGACGGUUAUAGACAAUGUGAUGCAAAAAGAGUUGGAUGAAGAGUAUAAUUUCCUUCAGGCACAAGGCAGUGAGCAAUAACGAUUCAAUUGUUUACUCAAAGAAGGAAGUCCAUUUGAAUACGGGCGAAGAGAUUCCAACGCUUCUUAACGAUAUUGAUAAACCUGGAUAUGAUUUGUACAUUGUUGGACAAGGAAGUGGUAAGAACUCGGUGAUUUUUUCGAGUUUGUUGGAAUGGUGUGAUCAUCCUGAACUUGGUGUUAUAGGUGACAUGUUGGCUUCAACUAGUUUUGGUACGCAAUUUUCUGUGCUUAUUGUCCAACAGUAUUUGGUUGGGAGAAAAAGCGUUAUUAGAAAAUGUCAUGAAGUGAAAAGUGGUACUGAAAAUUUGUAAAAGAUUGAUC